AUGUGCACCGGCACUUACCUCAAUUUCUGGUGUCCUUGCACCGACCUUACACACACGUGGCAAUUCCACCCCGAGCAGCAUGGCCACCGCAUCGUCCGCGUGCUCAACUUCGGCGCGUAUAUGUGGUGCACGGAGUACCUCCAGUCGCCCGAAUUCUCCUUCACUGGCCAGGGCGUCCCUCCUUGCGACGACCUCUGGCACGACCAGAUGAACUUCCGGUCCACCACCUUGUGCGACGAGUGUGUGAAGAAGGGCUGCCGGGUCGAGUGGGAAAAACGCAGCAUGUACGGCCACAGGUCUCAGAAAGAGAGAGCCUUGUACAGAGCGGCAGCCGUCUCUGCAAGGCUGAAAAGUCGGCAAGCCGAGACCCCCGUCAAAUCCACCCCUCCUCCGAGCCCGCCCCUGCGAUCCGUGGACGAGGAAGCGAUCAUGAGCCUCAGACCAGCAUCAGCCACACCUUCCGCACAGACUAGGCAGAAGAAAAACAAGAAGCGGCUUGCGCAGCAUAUGAAUCAGGAAGGGAAAACGAAAGAGGCAGACAAGCCGAGCCCACCGACCAAGCCGAAGACGACCAACACCAAGGGGCAGCUGUUUGCGCAGCUCAUGGACCUAGCCGGGCGGAAAAAGGAAGGAGAAAAGUCAAGCCGCACAGAGAAGAACAAGAAAAAGCGGCGGACCAAGAAAGAGAGCAUCAUGUCUCAGAUCCGGCAGCUGUGCCGGCCGUCCUCUACCACCGAGACCGAGGCGGCGCUCGUCGAGCUUGACGAGCUGGCCACCGCCGCCACUCGAGACAAUGAGCCUGCUUGCGCGCUUGAGAUGGUGAAUGUACACGCCGGGCUCGGCGAGCGACCCGGUUCGCCUGCGUCAGUCCGAUCCGUGGAUUCCGAUUCCUCUGACGACUCCACGAUCUCGGCGGCUUCCGUCGCCAGCGACCUCUCGACGGCGUCCACCGUCAAGCCCGCCAGCGUGUGUGAGGUCGCUGCCGCCGUGGUUUCGCCUGAUCUGCUGCUCGAUGCUGUUGUGGAGGAGUGUGCGAAGAGGGAGAACGAGGCGAGGGGCCUCGCCCAUCAGUUCCACAUACAGCCGGGACUGACAGACAAGAUGUGCCAGUACCAAAAGGUAACCGACCGUUGCAUCCACUGCAACAGGACGCUCAGGGAGACCCGGAAGCUGAAGCGCCUGUGUUUCGCACCCACCAUGUGCUGGAUCAUGGUCAUAGCGUACAGCCGGAUCAACUACGUCGACUGCGGCUGCGAGGACACGCAGCAGCAGCAGCCCGAGCGCAACGGCCUCGGCGCCAUGGAAGAAGAAGUAGGUGAGUGCGCGCAGUCCAGGAAGCGGAAGUCGUCGCAGUGUGAGAGCGAGAUCACGAAGCGGAGGUGGCCGGAUAGCUAA